AGAAACAAAACAGCUGUACCCAUUGACGUGCAGCAAAACCCAAACACUAAGCACAGCUGCUAGCCAAAGAAGCAUAGUAAAGAAAGAGGCGCAGGCCUAGCGUUAGAGAAAUUAUUUUGUUACAUUUGUUUUUAAGGAGGCCUCGGAACUUAGACGAGUUUUGUUUGGUUCUUGCUUUUGCGUCUGUUGUAGGUGAAGUCAGCUGGGCUUGUCUCAUGAUAUUACUGAAAACUGUCCAAAAGGUAUGCUAUAAUGGUCAAGUAACGCUAGCUAGCCUAGCUUAGCUGCACAAUCGUCUCUGUACCACAGGGCGUAAUUUGAGUGCGCAGAGGUUGUUUUGAUGUGCGAGAGGUCAAGGCAGGAGGCACCAUGAGUGCGGAGAUGGAUGCUCUGACUGUGGUGAACCAGCUGCGAGAUCUUGCUGCAGACCCCCUCAACCGAAGAGCCAUCGUAGAGGACCAAGGCUGUCUGCCAGGUCUCAUCCUUUUUUUGGAUCACCCCAACCCACAGGUCGUCUACUCCGCACUAUUGGCCGUGCGCUACCUGGCAGAAUGUCGAGCCAACAGGGAGAAGAUGAAGGGCGAGCUGGGCAUGAUGCUGAGUUUGCAGAAUGUCAUGCAGAAGAGCACAUCACCUGGGGAGACCAAACUGCUGGCCUCUGAGAUCUAUGAGAUUUUGCAGUCGGCAGGUAAAGAAGAGGCCGAGCAGGCCGAGGCGGCAGCUGCCUCCUGCAAGCGUAAAGCCCACUUCUUCCUGGGAUCCAACAACAAGAGGGCCAAAACUGUGGUGCUGCACAUCGAUGGACUGGAUGACCCCAGCCGAAGGAGCCUCUGCGAGGAGGCGUUGCUGAAGAUUCGGGGAGUCAUCAGCUUCACUUUCCAGAUGGCUGUCAAGAGAUGUGUUGUCAGGAUCCGCUCCGACCUUAAAGCUGAGGCGCUGGGCACAGCCAUCAACUCCACCAAAGUAAUGAAGGCUCAGCAGGUGGUGAAGACAGACGAUGGAGCAGAGCUGAUGGUGCCGUUCCAGGAGGACUCUGCAGUGCUGGUGGAGGAGAACACGGACAUCCCGGACUACCUGCCUGAGGAGGAGAGUCCGUCCCAGGAGCAGGACAAGGCCGUCACGCGUGUAGGCUCCAUCACGGACGGCAUGGGCUGGAUCAGCACGGCCGCCAACUUCCUGACACGCUCCUUUUACUGGUGACCACUUCCUGUGUUUCCCUCUGCGCUCCCUGUUUUCUUUUAAGCACCAUCCAGCUGCAGCCUUAGCGUCUCUCAGCCUUGUCCCGGAUCACUAGUCUCGACUUCCCCUUUGCAGAGCACACAGACAUGGCCACGCGUGUGCAGCAAGCGCUGGACUGCCAAGUGGAACCUGCAAUAACUUAAACUUGUGUAUAUAUACUGAGCUACAAAUCCCACUACUGGCUGUGUGUGCACAACUAUAUAGUAGCUGCAUAUGCAUCUCACAAGGCGUAGACAGAGGACUUUAAAUCAGCCGAAACCAAAUAACAUUCUGGAAACGUGAAUCGCGUUGACGGAGUGGCAGGCGUAUUUAAUUGUCCUGAGGCUGACUGUGAAUAUGUAGAAAAUUGGGAGUUUCCUUUUUUGUGCAUGAUUUUUGGUUGCUUUCCUCCUGAUGUCUAUUCUCAAUGAUUGUCCUUUUACUAUAUAUAUUUCAUGUUUCAUCCUUUAAUUUUCUAAUUAAGAUGUUUCUUUUCUCCUUUUUCUUUUAUUAGCAUGCAUGUGCCAAUCUUGCCUGAUGCCUAGAUCUGUGAUUGUGUGUGUGCCUUUUUGACAUUUUAAUUUAAUGUUAUUUUGUCAUUAUUCAUUCAGAUGUUUUGAGAGGUCCGAGCAUGUCAGAGUUAACGUUUUGCCUUUUAGCUAGCGGAGGUACGUCGUGUCAGUAGACACCAGCAAGAGGCCGCGGCUCAUUCAGCCACCGGCUCAUUUGACUGUUGCAUACUGCAAGAAGUGAUUAGUUACUUGGGUGAGUGAUGUUAGCAGCCCUCACACAAAUCAGGACUGCUCUGGUUAUGCCACAAUGCAGGAACAAACAAAACCCGAGUUCCGCAGUGGCCGUUGAAAUGACCGACAGCUCCUUGUGUUAUUUGCACAGACUUUAGGCUACCUCUGCUUUCAGCCUUCUAUCUCACAUUAGCAUUAAAGUCUUCUGUAGUUUUAGUAAGAUGAGCAUGCAGAAGACAAACACGUUACGCUGCCUGCUUGUCAAGUACUUCCCCUGUGUUACCUGGACUCCAGAGUCCCACAUACAUUUUACAGUAUUGUAGCUCCCGCCUGUUCAGUUCAGUUUUCGGUUUAGCCAGCAGUGUCCUUAAAGCAAAGAUCAUGUUGGUGCACACUCACUCACACAUGCAGAGGAUUCAACUAAUGCUGCCAUAUGAGCAGCAAUGGUAUACUGGAACACGGAUGUGGUUAUGUAUAUUUUGUAAAUGGUGCCUGAUUCCCUAAAAUGUCAGAUCUCACAUGUGAAGGAUUUUUUUUCCUAAUAACAAUUUUCAUUUUUAAUAUCAGAAAACAGGAUGAGAGGACGUAGCAGCUAAUGCUAACGCUCUUAGUGAGUUUGCUCCUUGACUUACAACCCCAUGACUCAAACCAGGUUUCUUUAUAGUCUCCUCUGACUUGUCUGAGUGUCAUUAGGAAUUAUUAUAUACAGUGCUGACUGAGCGACUUAUAUUGUUCUGAUGGUGGGGAGACGUCACAGUUGGUUGAGGUCAAACAGAUAGAGGGAUGGCACAGAAUGAUCUCAAGCUGAAUUGAUGGUGGCUCUUUUAUGGAAAAGCAAUAAUAUUUUUUGCAUUAAAUGUGAUUAUUGAUCUCCACCAUCCUUCAAAGUAAUGUUUUUGAAUAAAAGGUGUUAGUCACAAGUUACGAUCAUCAUCAGUAUUAAAAUUUCUUCCUUAUUUGUCCUUUUUGCACAGAUCUAAUCUUAAAUUGCGUCAUGUAAUUUAAGUUUUGUUAUUUGGUGUCUCGGCUCAUUUUGCAAAGAACUACUUGAACUUUGUUUCUUAGAGGACUGUCCUUAUGUGUUGAUAAACAUGUAAAAUUCCCUUAACUGUUAGAUUAAACACGUGAACGGUUGACAAAUAAAUAAAUAAAUAAAUCACAUAAACUCAGAAAUGUAACUUCAUGCGUACAGACUUCAUGUGUCUGUCAUCAAAUGUAAGACAAUGUAAUCCAGAUCUUAAAACUGUAGAUUCUCAUACACUGCAAAUGAUGAUAAACUUUAAAUCAAAA